AUGAGCUAUGUUAAGUUGGAGAGAAAGCUGUUUUCCCUACGCAUCGACGCAUUUGGUAGUCUGUACUGCAAGGAAAAUCUGCCGCCGCAUCUCCAAGCAGACAUUUACGCCCCUGAUACGCCGGACGGAUCAGGAGACGCAGAGCGCUUCUGUGUUGGGUCAACUGCUGACUACAUGUUCUGGCGUGGGAAACGGGCUGGGGUUGAACUGGAUCGGGGUCCUUCGCAUGGAGAGAUCGCUCCGGAGGCAUAUACCGAGCUCCUCAAUGAUUACCUCACUCUGCACUCUCAUCUCCUGCCGAAAAGCAGAGACAAUCUGCUAAAUCGACCAACAUUGCGUCAUCCUGACCUCAACCCGACGAACAUCUUCGUCUCAGAUGAGUGCAAGAACCCGGAUCCUCCGCCCCCCAAAGACUACGCAGCACCCAGCCUCCCAGAGAACUAUGCGUCGCUAAACCCCGAGGAAAAAGAAUACGCUGACGAACUCCAUCGCCGCAGAAUGCUGUUCUAUCUCUACAUGAUCUUCAACGGCAAGGAUAACAAGGACCACCUCGCUGCGAUGCGCACACCUCUCUUGGCACAGCGCCAGCAUCCCACGAGCGCGCGGGAAAGCAGUGGACCGGCAAUACUGUCACGCUGCAAGGGGCGCUGCGUCGUCGAUGGGUGGGGUUUACUCGCCUUAGAAGGGCACGGGAGAGUUGAGUGCCCCGUGAGUUUCGCUGCUGAGAAGUCUGGGGCGUUCUAUGAGAAAAAUUGGUUCAAGGGGAAUAUUCUGGUGGAGUACCGGAGAGAGCAGGUGUUAGGUGGGGUAAGUUGGGAUGGGUGGGUGAGGAACGAGGUCUUUGAGGAGGUUGUGGAGAAAAAUCAGGCGCUAAAGAAGAAGUGGCAUGAAAUGGGAGAGGAUGAUGGGGAUAGAGCUCUUGUAGAGGGGUUUUGGCCAUUUGACGACCGGGAGGUUGAGUGAGAUCCAACGUCCCCCGGAUGGGGUUGUCGAAGGAGGUCUUCACGUAGCUGUAUCUUUUCCUUGCGGAGCGUCAGAGCGUCGUCCUCUAAAUGAGCCUUCUCGUCUUGAAGUGUCGUAUUUCUCUCAGGCAAGCCAUCUGCCUUGAGACUCAUGGAUUUAAACUGCUCUUCUAGACGGGGUUUCUCGUGCUGGACUGUUGAUAUCCC